UGGCCAGAAAACCCCUUUCCGGGUUUUCAUCGCAAGGGGGUGAGGGUGAGAGAUAGUUUUCCAGUAGAAGGGGUAGGAUAGUGUUGUGAAGCGUGAAAAUUUUUGCCUGGGAAAACUUGAGACUUGAAGUAAAGAAAAAAUAAGUUUUUUUUGGUAAAACAAGGUUGGAUAUUAAGCAUGCGUUAUGCCUCGACUGGAUAGCACCAGACCAAGGUUCCUUUGGCUGGUACUGUUCCUAUCAAACAUCAACCCAAUCUACAAUGGAUUCGCAUGUCUUAGUAAUCCAUGUCUUCACGGAGUGUGCUUGGAUGACCUGAACUCAACUUAUUUCUGUUAUUGCAUAGACGGAUACACCGGAUUACAAUGCCAGACGAAUUGGAACGACUGUUGGUCAUCGCCUUGCCAAAAUGGCGGAGUUUGUAUCGAUGGAAUUGCCAGUUUUAACUGUACAUGCCCACCAGGAUUUGUAGGGGAUUUAUGUGAAGAUGAUUUCAACGAAUGCGAGAGCAAUCCUUGCUGGAACAACGGGAGUUGUAUAGAUGGCCCUAACGGCUAUUUAUGCCAAUGUCCUGUUGGAUAUUCUGGAGUCCAUUGCGAAAUUGAUAUAGCUGUGUGCAAUAUUACCGAAGAAGCAAGAUGCUUCAAUGGAGGAGUUUGCGUUGAAGGUCCAGGAGAUACAUUUUCGUGUAGAUGUCAACCAGGCUGGGAUGGAAUACUGUGCAAUAAUGAGAUAGAUGAAUGUAUGUCAGCUCCCUGUCAAAAUGGAGGUGUUUGCAUCGAUCUACACGCAGACUAUGAAUGUGCUUGUCUUUUUGGAUAUACCGGACAUAACUGUGAAGAAGUAAUGCAAAUAUGCAAGGAAAGCCCGUGUAAAAAUGGCGCCCUUUGUAUUCUGGAAGAAAACCAUUCUACUUGCUAUUGUGUCCCAGAUUUUCACGGGGAACUCUGUGAACUUCAAUAUGACGAAUGUCAGCUUGGACCCAGGUGUCUAAAUGGAGGAACUUGUAUAGAUGGCAUAGACAAUUUUACUUGUUCUUGUCCGCCUAAUCUUACUGGAGUUUUAUGCGAGUGCCUUAUCGUGGAUAACAAUCAGUUAGAUUGUACUUAUAUCGUACCACCUACUACAACAAUUGCAUAUUCUAAUGUAACCAUGAGUACAAUCAUAUCAAGCUUGGACACAACUACUGAAACAUCUUCUGCAAAACCCAUACUGCCAUCAGAAACAACUACAUAUCCAGAAACGACUACCCUUCCUUGGUGUAUUACCCCUAGUACUAAAACAGAACGCCCCAAUAUCACCACUACAUCCGCUACAAUAUACUCAACAGAACUAUCUACUUCUACCUUGCAAACAACGGAAAUUGUUACAUCUACUACUGUACCUGAAAUUGUGAUUAGUAUUGAAAGUGUUGAAGGAACUACUUUGGAGGGAAGUACUGUUUCAGCUACGACUGAAAGUGAAGUAACUUCAAGAACAUUCUUUACAGAAACAGAAAUAUCCACAACUGCCGAAACUACAACUAUACUGCCAAUAUCGCCCACUACUACAGAAGCUGAAGAACAAACUACAUCUACCUAUGUCACUGAACUUACAGAAACUACUAGUAUAGCUACAGGAACUGAAGAAACUUUAACUUAUUCUACAGAACAUCCUGUAUAUUCUACCAGUGAUAUGUCUUCCUCUGAGUGGACUACCGUUCUAUCAACUUCUACUGAACUGUUUGAAACAACAGCAACAAAUAUACCAGAGACAUCAACUGAAAUUAAAUACACUACACUGCCUGACAUAGAUAUAGAGUCAUCUACAAUAGCAGCUACGUCAGCAGAAGCUGAGACCUCGUUUAUGACUACAAUAGAAAGCACAUAUACAGAAUAUAGUACUUCAAGUACAAUCCCUUCCACAAUUUCAACCUUCUUUACUGAGGAACCAAAAGGAGGUGUCGUCACAACUACAACCGAGUUAACCACACUAUCAACACUGCCUGGAGUUAGUCCCACGAAAGUUUCAACAAGUGAAGGUACAACUGUAAAUAUUAUUGAUUGUACCCUACCUGAUAAACGGUGCCAAAAUGGGGGUACUUGCGUUUUUAUUGAUGAAGCUCAUAAGUGCAUGUGUCCCUUCGAUGCUGAAGGCCCUUACUGUGAAAUAAAGUUAGGAAUAAAAAAUGCAGCUUUUACAGGAAAUAGUUAUUUGUCGCAUCUUUUACCGGAAGGAAGAAACGUUUCUAUAGAAUUCACUGCAAAAACUUUGUCCAGUACAGGCAUUUUAUUCUACACGACGUUGGACGAAACCUACAUGGCCCUGUAUAUUGAAAACGGGUAUCUAGUGUUCAAAUUUUCGUGUGGGUACCAAACCAUGUUGCUCAGCGAACUUAAUGUUCCAGUUAACAAUGGUUACAACAUGAAAAUCAAAGCUAUUUUGGAGUUUUCCAAAAAUCUAACCCACUGCGAGGCACUGAUAAAAGUUAACGACACCCUGACAAUGACAGGGGACCAGACAGCUAUGAUAAACAAACUUCUAACUCCUUCAGCUUGCCUCCAUCUUGGAAAUAUACCAAACAGUUUGACAUAUGAGAACAUUCCAUCUGGAGGUUUCAUUGGGUGUAUGUCUGACUUAAAAGUUCACGGGAGGAACGUAUACAUAUAUAAAGACGCUGAAGAUGGUUACGAAAUAUCCGAAUGCUCUUCUUUAGCCUGUUUAUCAAAUCCCUGUAAAAACGGAGCAUCCUGUAUAUCCUCAGGUGAAAAAUGGAGAUGUCGAUGCAAGAACGGGUUUUUAGGAAAUAUAUGUGAAUUAUCAAUAUGCGAUGAUAAUCCAUGUUUAUAUGGUGGUACUUGUAUUCCAUUUUCUAGCAGUGGUUACUUGUGUCUGUGCCCAUACGGCAAACACGGACACUUUUGCGAGAACGAUUUGAAAAUUACUGAACCUUACUUUUCAUCCUCUGUGCGUGGGUUAUCAUCGUUCAUAACAUACCCUCUACCAGAAGGUGUAUCUCAAAACAUGGAAAUCAGAUUUAGAAUUGUACCAACUACAAUAGAUCAGAUUGCUUUGUUACUGUUUAUGGGUCAAGAGGGCCAGCAUGACGCUUUUUCUGACCAUCUGGCAGUCAGUUUUGUUAAAGGAUACAUUAUGCUGACUUGGAACAUGGGAUCUGGCCCUAGAAGAAUAUUUACUUCUCAGCCCAUUGAAAAGGGAGCUACUGACUAUUUAAUACAAGUUGGAUACACUGGAAGAAGAGCCUGGUUAUCAGUUGAAAAUUUAGGAAACGUAACUGGAAGAUCACCAGGAAAUUCAGUUCAGUUAGACAUAAUUCCAUUUUUGUAUUUAGGUGGACAUCACACUAGAAAUUUUUCAACCUUGCCACAUGAUCUACCAUUUCACACAGGGUUCUCAGGGUGUAUAUUCGAUCUGGAACUUCGAAUGGGUACCAUAGUUCUGCCACUCCAAGGAGCUCUUAGAGCUGUUGGUAGAGCUGUAGGACAAUGUGGUACCACUGAAUGCUAUGACAGGAGCUGUCAAAAUGGAGGAGCCUGUCUACAUCAUGGAAACACGUUCAUGUGUUUAUGUCAAGAUGACUGGUAUGGUCCUUUGUGUUCUUCAAGAAAUAACCUUUGUGAUAAAAAUAUAACUAAAUGUUCGGACAGUUCAAGAUGCGUUCCCCUUUUGACAGAUUAUGAAUGUGACUGUCCGUUCGGACAGACAGGGAGAUAUUGCGAAAAAAAUCAAACACUUACAGACCUAAGCUUUACAGGAAUACGAUCAUAUGUCCGCAUACAUCCUGUUAUCGUUCAUAAUAACAAAUUUAAUAUUGAGAUUGAAAUAAGAACUUUAAAAGAUACAGGUACAAUUCUUUUUGUAGGCAGCAGAGACUCAAGUUUUCUAUGUCUAACCCUACAAAACGGAUUAUUAGAACUAAAUAUUCAUUCAGCGAGAACACGAUCAAAUUCUCAAGAUCAUUUGGUUGUGAGAAGUUCAAAGUUGCUCUUAAAAGGUGUAUGGCACAAAGUACAGUUUGGUGUUUUUGGAAGAAAAGUGUAUUUGUACGUAGAUCACAUAAUCAAUAUUGGAGUUCUGGGCCAUGGAUUCACUUUAAGUAUUCCAAACAGCAAUCUAUUUCUGGGUGGUUUACCCGAUAUGUCCCAGUUACCAAUAUCGGUUUCAAGCAAUCUUCCAGAACCAUUUAAAGGAUGCUUAAGGCAUCUUUCUGUAGAUGAAGAUAUUAUUCCACUUAUUCCCGAAAAUAUCCUGGAUGCAAGAAACGUCGGAGAUUGUGAUGGAACACCCUGUGGAGCGGAGAGUUGCCUACACGGUGGAACAUGUUGGUUAGAUUCGUUCUUGGUACCGCACUGCUCGUGUAUUGAACCGUACUAUGGCAAAAAAUGCGAACUAGUAUCAAAGUGUUCGGAUAAAACAUGCAAAAAUGGCAUCUGUCAAAACGCAACCUGUCUAUGUCGAGUUGGUUUUGAAGGAGGAAUUUGUGAGACUGAAAUCGAAGUAAAGCAACCUUCUUUUACAGGCCAAAGCUAUCUAAUAGAAAAACUAAAAGAUAAAAAAAGAAACAUCAGAGAUAUGGAGCUUCAAACAUUAUCUCUGAACUUUACUACUGCCAAAAACGACGGACUUAUACUGUGGACCAAAAAAAACAAAAAUUUUGUGGGUAUAGGACUUGAAAAUGGAUAUUUAAAAAUUGUUAUUUCUUCAUAUGAUGGUAAAGAUAAAUUUAUAGAUAUACCCCCGUAUUAUAAAGUAUCAGACGGUUUGUGGCAUAAUAUUGAGCUAAAAUUACUUCCAUUUUUGUUAAAAAUUGAUGGAAAAACAAUAAAAGUUAAAGUUGAUAAAAAUUUAGGUUUAUUGAGUGUGGCACUGGAUGGGAUAUUUUUUAUUGGAGGGUUACCAUCAAACAUGAGUUUAAUCAAAGAGACCGAUGGUUUAUUUCACGAAAAUUUUGAUGGAUGUGUUGACAGUUUUGGAACCAAUAUGGAAACCUCAGUGACAGAUUUUUCACGUGCUGAAGGGUUUAAUGUUAAUAGUUGUAUAGUAACUUAAAAAAAUUAAAAAAUGUACCUAUACAUUAUGUUCCCGGGUUGUCUGUGUAUAGGUGGCUACACACACUACUGCAAGCUUGACAACCAUGCAUGAACAAUCUUUUUGUACAAGCAAACUGUAGCGUCUGUAGGGAAAAUUUGCGCAAGCUUUUUAAUUGUGCAAGCCGCUUGAUGAUUGAUUGAAUUUGAAUCAUGCUAGCUUGGGCAAGCCAUGCUUGCGCAAGCGAAACUGUACGUGUGUACCACACGUAUUCAGCUUGUACAAACAAUUAGUUCAGUCCGUGAUCGUAAGUGACCUGUACGUCGCGUCGCCAUCAUGUCUAGCGAUCUGACAAGUAGCAAUCGAGGAUUAUUGGAAGAUUUUAUUCGCGCAUACGAAAAUCAGCCGGUAUCUUUGGCGAAUUAAAUCACUAGAAUAUCAUGAUAGGGUGAAGAAGGAUGCAGCAUACAAAAUUUUACUUAAUAAGUAUAGAUUAAUUGACAGCCAAGCCGAUAAGGAUGCCGUUAUUAAAAAGAUAAAUGCCUUCAGGAUUCCUUCUUCUUUUUCGCGGCAUAAACUAAAGCUUGUUCAAGCAUGCAUGUACCAUAGUAUAAGGAAACUAGUAGCUUUACUCCUUGUCAAAUCCUUUGUUCUUUUUCUGCCACUUUAUAUGACCUUGUUCUCGCCUCCCGUGACCACUGACGUAGCUG